UUAAUCUCAUCUACAGUGAUCAGUGGCUCUAUAGAACUUCCGAGGCUUCCAAAUAACGGAAGAAAGGGGGGAAAAGUUAAUAAAUUACGCAGGUAUAUGUGAUUAUAUUUCAAUUGUCCGUGUUUGAUGUUAGGCCCCUUCGAGAUUUAGAUACUCGAUAUAACAGGUUUUCGUCAUGAGAAUACGAACUCCGUGAAGACGAUACUGUGCGAAGUUAUUGGUUGGUUCCAAGCACAUGCCUGCAAAGUUCUUUCAUUCGACGGGUUGGCUUCCAUUGCAACGUAACGGAAUAUAGAUGGAGUUUUUUUGUAUGGACUUUGGUUGUUUAGCUAAAUUGAAAUUGGUCUCAGUAUCAGUUUGAUUAUCAGAGGGAAUCAUUAGCUUAAUUACUGUGAACUGUGCAUUCUUUACGUUUGAUCCUGACGUCGUUGCAUAGGAUGAUCAAUGACACGCCAAGUCUCCAAUGCAGCAGGAGAUUUCAAUAUUGGAACAUACUAAAUUCAUUGAAAAUUGGAUUUUCAAUAGGCAGUACAUUUUAAUGUCAUCAGCUAUCUUCGCUAUGUUCUGUGAAAUGUGAGCCAAAAACUCAGUUGUGUUGGAACCACGCUCAGGGAAGGACAUAAAAAAUUAAAACACUGGUAGUCUGUUGAUUGAAACAUCAAACAUCUGAAAGCAGCCUGAUACCUAAAUUAGGCAGUGCCAAUCAAGGUUCGUUAAAUGGGAGCUUCCCAAGGAGAGACAAAUUAAGAUGAGAACAACCACAGAGACAGGAUGAUAAUUCCGAGUUUUUAUGUUCUAAGUUUUAGACCCCUGUGACAGAGUCUGUGUGAAACUUGAUUGAAUUACUAACUUAGCAGUGUUAGGGGACAAAAUACCAAUUUACAAAUCCUUAAUACAGUAUCGAUGUUCUAUAACUCCUCGAUCCACGAUAGAAAAUGUGAAUUCUUAGUAUUGUUGGAAGCAUUUGACUUCUAGGAAAAUGUUCUUUGGUUAAAAUAGAAAUAAACCAUUACCAAAGUGAACUUAUCAGAAAUGUCAAACAAAUACUUUAUGGAAAAAAUGGAUUUUCGUCGAUAUUUCCGAAAAUGUCUAACAUUUGUUUUGUGCACAAUUCAUUUCAAGGAUAUAGCCUGGUUUUCUCCUAUCUUUAUCCUGAUCUCCAUUCCAGGUAUGUCUCUGUGUCAGCAGCACCACUCCACAGAAUUCAUGGACAUACAGUUCAACUUUACCUACACAGCAGGCGACCUGGCGACGCUCUACUGUAGGGUCAAAGACCUAGGCACCAAAGUGGUGGUAUGGCGGCGGACCUCUCAGCCGAAUCCUAUUUCCGUUGGACUGGACAUCUAUGUACCAGACGAUAGAUAUCACGUGCAACAUAUUCCAUAUCGAGGCAGCUGGAAUCUGAUGAUUAAGAACGUGAAUAUCAAUGACGCAGGUGUGUACGAAUGCCAAAUAAGUGCCAAAGAAAGAGCGGGCUCUAGGCGACUCGUCCUCCUUAACGUCCUUGAAGCGCCAUCUACAACGACCCAGAAAACAUUUUCUCCGCCAGACAUAUACAUUACGACUAGCUCCAACUUUGUUGAAGUGGGUCGUACUAUAACGGUGAUAUGCAAUGCAACAGCCAUAGAUUUUCCGACGGGAGACAUAGACUGGUUUAUAGAAGGACAUAAAGUCAGAGAAAAUUCGCGCACCACUAUAACAAAGUAUUCCUCAUUUGUAGAAAAGGUGAUAAUUAGUAAACUGACAAUUACAAAUGCACAACUAGAGGACGCCGGAACUUACGUUUGUCGGACGUCCGAGUCCCAGAUCAGCAACACAAAAAUUCAUGUUUUAAGUGCAAGGUCUAUAAACUCCAAGCGAGGAACAGAUAGCGAAGACCGUUUUGCCAAGUCACAAAGAUCGUCUGCAUCAUCAUUGUUUACGUCACUUCCGGGACUUCUUUAUGUAUUACCCUGUGUUAUUAUUCACUAUUGUCGGACUUAGUUGUUAUCUGUUUUCAAUGAAUUAAUUUUCUAUGCAUUACAUUGUUACAUAAAUAUAUUU